AAGGCCUAGCCAAAACGGGAAGGGUUCGUACGGGAUACAUUGAACUUCGCCAUGCGGCAAAUCCGUGGACCGUGUAUUUGCAGCUCCGGCUCCCGAUGCGGCGACCCAUGCCUUGGAGCUCAAUCAAGAAAUGGAAAAGAAUAAUGUUUCUCAAGAAGCAGUUUGAAGACACUUAUUUUGAGCAUUGCCUUUGAAUUCCCAAGGAAUCACGGUUGCACUGCAAGGACUUCCUCAUGGUGUGGAGCUUGAAUUCCAUGAAGUACUAGUUAGAACAGUGUUACGGUAGCAUGUGUUCGUGGUGUGUGUUUGCGUCAUUCGGAUUUCGGACUUGAAUGAGAGAGCCAAAACAAGUAUUGGUCCGAAGGUGAACUUCGGAGUGUCAGGUUCGUCAGCAACCUUUCGCCUGCAAUGUGCGGAAAUCAGCCGCAGCCGUAGUGAUUGCCGAUCUCGAGGUAGUCAGAGUUACUUGCGAUUGUACGUGUUACCAGUAUGACGUGGAGACCGAGUCAGGCGAGGAGUGGAGUGGCUAUUUACAACUUCGAUGCUCGACACCCUCACGAGUUGUCACUGGACGUCGGUGACGUUGUGAACAUCACAGAAGAAUGCAUGGGUCAUGGCUGGUACAAAGGACACGUUUCAAGAAAGAAGUCCGAGACGGGAUUGUUUCCGAGUACGUUUGUGCACCUGAAAAGCCCCACUAGCAACGACAGUGCUAGUGGUGCACGAACUGGACUUCCUCAGGAUGAUCCUAUUGUCACUGAGGUGGCUGAUGUGCUGAGGGUGUGGGGUGAUGCCAUGAAGCAGUCCUAUGUGGAGCUCAAAGAUGAUGUGGUGCAAAAGCUGAACAGCAGCAUGACACUGUUGGUGAAAUGGCGGCGUGACAUUCUCCUGGGGUCGAUGCGCUCCGACCAUCUGCUGCGCUUAAAAGCCAAGAUCGCGGCAGUCAUCAACAAGUGCAAUCUGUCCCUGGGUCUGGAUCUAGUAGCACGUGAUGACAACUACGAUGCGAUCGAAGCGGACAACGUCAGUGUGCUGGACCUGUACAACAUACAUGCACAGUACUUACGCAACGACCUGCCGAAGACGCCGCGGAAAUUCGUCCACCUCUACUCCAGUUUAGUGUCGGCGACGUGCUCGGUCUCCGGUGAAGACACCGAGCUCCUCUUCUCCUUGUACGAUGCGCACAAGCAAGAGUUCAUUAGCGAGCGCGUUGCUGUGCGAUUCGGCGCAGACGGGACGGUGGAGAAAAACCGAAGCGACGCCGGCGCGCCGUUCUCCUGGUUAUUUACCGACCUGGAUGCGACAAUGCUAGGCCAGUGUCAAGACCUGUACGUCGUUUGCCACGUGGUACGCCUGGGUCGAAUAGACCUUGGUGUCAAGAAGCCUACUGCGUCCAUCUUCCGGCGACCAGUCGGUGUUGUGGUGUUGGCUCUGGCAAAGCUGCGAGCCGUUGUGGAUGCAGCGCACACGAUGGUACAGAUAAGUAGCUACAUGUGCCCGGUGUCGGACGAGAAAGACUUCAGCAUGCUGCACGACCAGAUAAUUCGACGAGUAGCCAAGCCGAACGAGCGUUCCGGCACCAUUUGCCUGAACAUGCAGCUUGUGCUGGGAGACCUGCACACAGCACUGGACAGUCAUCCCGAUCUGCUCAGCAAGGGUAUGGUCAUGGUGCGCAAAAUCGGCUUUGCUCUACACACGGUGCCCGGUGAGGUGCGUAACGACAUCUUCAUCACGCUAGAGCGUGGUGAGUUCGAGAAGGGCGGCAAGUCGACUGCCAAGAACAUCGAGGUAGCAGUGGACCUGAUGGAUCCAGCCGGCGAGCCGCUGGAGAUGAUCAUGCAGUCUGCCUCCUCGCAAUCCACGUCUGACAUACAGUCUGUAAUUCUCUAUCACAACAAUUCGCCGCGGUGGGGCGAAACGUUCCGCGUCAACAUCCCGUUAAAUCUCAUCUCUGACGCCAUUCUCUUGUUCACGAUCCGACACUGCUCAUCCACCAGUGAUAGCCGCGCCGACAAGCAGUCAGUUUUCUCCUACUUGAAGCUAGUCGCCAAGGAUGGCACCACCAUACAGAAUGGCCUGCAUGAGCUGUGUCUGUACCGUUGCUCGCCCAAGAAUGCGCAACCGAGUACGUUUACAACAGGCCCAUCGACCGUCGAAGAGCUGGCUUCGGGCGGCACCGUACCCAGCACGCUUGCGCUGUCCAGAAAGGAGGGCUUUGCCGUCUCGAUCAACGUUUGCUCCACCAAGCUGACGCAGGAUCCGCAGCUGCUGGCGCUGCUGCAGUGGCGCUUGCACCAGGACCGGCUGGUCAGCGUCCUGGAGAACUUGAUGAACAUGGACGGGCGCGGCGUGUGCCUGUUCAUGCAGGAUGCGUUUGACGCUCUCUUCUACAUUCUGGACAUCGACAACAAGCUGUGCAACCAGCUGGUGUUCAAUGCGCUAGUGCACUUUCUAAACUACAUGCUACAGCCAGAGUAUGAGCAGUUUGUCGAGACCCUGGACAAGUACAUCUCGGUGCACUUCUCCGGCGCCAUGGCCUACAAGAAGCUGCUGACGGGAAUCCGCGGCUACAUCGACAACGCACAUCGGCCGGAGCUGCAGGCGGCGCUGAGGCAGACCGUCUGCUGCUUCCACUACAUCUUCAAGAUCAUCAUACAGUCGCGGCGGCUGCAUGCGCGUGCCUCGCGCACCACGUGUAUAACGCCGACGUUCAAGGAGAGCGUCGAGAAGGUCGUUCAGUCCCUGAUCACGCUGGUGGAAACGCCCAGCACCGAUGCCUACCUGCAAGCCAUACAGAUAGCGGCGCUCAAGAGCUUGGGCGACUCGGUCGAUCUGUUCCAAGACGUGUUCGACGGAACGGAGCUGGCCACUAUCCUGUCGCAAGCCGUUGAUGCUGUGCCAUCCAGCGAACCAGGUCACAUACUGGUGGAUGCCAAGCUCGCCUUCAUGCUGGUGCUGGUCAAGAAUUCGAUCUUCUUGGACGUUGCAUCCCGACACGUACUGCUGCCCACGUUCCUUGCAAAUAUCCGCGCAUAUCUAACGAGUGGCCUUCGCUCUUCAGCGCUGAUCAAUGUGAUAGGCGAGGUUGUCAAGCGUCUCGAGGGCAAGUAUUGUUGUGAGGCCACGGUGGAAGACAGACGCCUGCUGUCCACGCUGCUGCCCACUCUGGUGACGUUCCUGAUGGGUACGGUCGUUGCAUCGCCUUCCACUACACCGCCUGCGGAGACCUUGCUGAUGGUCAUAUGCAGUCUGCUGGGUAUCCUGCGGCUGAUGGACACAGAUAACUAUGUGGAGAUGACGCCGACACUGCCAGAUGCGCAUGCAUUCAUCAACGAUCUGUUUGCCAUCUUCCACUAUCUGCUGACCUACGACAUUUUCGACAAGUCCUGGUCCCUGCUUCGCCUGAUCAUGCACAACAUCAUUCUCGUCUCGAUCUCGUCGCUAUCUGAGACGUUACGGCCGGAUGACGACGCUAAGCAGGUCGAGCAAGACAUCAUGAAGACCUACUUCCUGCUGGCCACGCAGUUCAUCACGCAGCAGACUCUGCAGCUAGAGCUGCUGCACUCGAUCCGCGCCGGUCAGGUGCAGGCGAGGUUCGGCGACAUGCGCUACGUGAUGGCCACAGAGCUGGUGGUCAUGUGGUCGGGGCUGGGCGAGGAGCGGAAGGCCUGCGUUCCCGUGCUGACGCGCCCGCUCCUGCAAGCGGCGCUGGUGAAGCAAGAGGAGGUACGGCGUGCCCUGCUACCCAUCUUCGUUGAUUUGCUCGAGGUUGAGUACUGCAAGAGUAGAACCAUCAGGAUGGUGUCCAAGGAGCUGUUUGACGCGCUGGACCCGUUCAUCUCUGCUGGAUGCGGUGAUUAUGAGUUUGUGUCCACGGCAGAAGAGAUCUGGCUUGGUCUGGUGACGAAGAGCACAACACUGGAUGAGGCUGCGUGUAGCAUGAUCCGUAACCUUGUCAAGAGAGUGGUGCUAUUGGCGACCAGGCUGAUUGACUACCGCAGCCUGGGCGGCGAAGACAGAACGUCGGCCGAACGGCGUCGCCGCAUGCUGGUCCUGUACAACAUGGUCACGUUCUACAAGAAGUAUGGCCCGCAUCGGCAGUACGACGGGUGCCUCUACAAGCUUGCACGCCUGCACAUCGUCGAGUCCAACUGGACCGAGGCGGCAUACGCUCUGCUGCAGGUGUCCGACAAUCUCAGCUUCAAGGACAACACGAUGCUGGAUAGCGUGCUCAAGUACCCGCGCCAGACGGCCUGCAAUCGCAAGGAGGCGCUCGUUCAGGACAUGGUCGACUACUUUGGCAAGGGCAAGUCCUUUGAAUGCGGCAUAGUGCAGUGUGACCUGCUGAUCGACCUCUAUCGGCACAGCAUGUACGACUACACUAAACUACGCUCCAUUCUAUCGACGCAGGCCGCCUUCUUCGGCAACAUCGUCGACGAGCACAGGCCGGCGCGCGAGUAUUUCCGCGUGGGCUACUACGGCCAGGGGCUGCCUCGGUUCUUGCGCAACCGCACCUUCAUCUACCUGGGCUUGGAGUACGAGAAGCUGACGUCGUUCCAGGAGCGUCUACUGCUGGAUUACGGCGACGUGGAGUUGCUGAAGACAAACGAGGCGCCCGGUGAGGACAUUACGUCGUCUUCAAAAGGCUACCUGCAAGUCUGCACCGUCAGACCAUGCCCAACUGUACCGGACCACUUUGAACGCGUCGACAUCAACGAACGUAUCCGCGACUACUACGAGGUCAACUGCAUCACCAAGUUUGAGUAUUCCCGGCCGUUCCACAAGGGCCCCAAGGACAAAGACAAUGAGUUUAAGAGCUUGUGGCUGGAGCGCACCACAUUGACGACUGCUUGGCCACUACCAGGAAUCCUCGCUUGGGCAGAGAUUGCCACAACAAGGGUGACGGAAAUCUCACCUAUCGAAAACGCCGUGGAGACGAUGGUGGCCAAGAACAAGCAGCUGCAGACGAUGAUCGCGUCGUACCGCAGCAAGCAGGCCAGCAACAUCAACCCGCUCAGCAUGGCGCUGAACGGUGUCAUCGACGCAGCCGUGAUGGGCGGCACGGAGAACUACGAGAAGGCAUUCUUCAUCGACAGCUACAUGGAGGAGAACCCGCAGCAUGUCACGCAAAUCCAGCUGUUGAAACGUCUGAUGCUGGAGCAGGUGGGUAUUCUGGAGAGAGGUCUGGAGGUACACAAGGCCCUGAUACCAGAUAAUCUCAAGCCAUUCCACACGAAAAUGGAAGCGAGCUUUGCUCAAAUGAAGGAGAAACAAAUGAGGAAUAAACGGUCGUCGUCCCCGGAUCCUGUGUUUAGUGAGUAUAGCUUUUGCAAUGCUGGACUCGAGGGCAAUACCAGUACCGAUGGUCUUCCUCAACCGCGCCCAAGACAAAGUCAGAUGACUGAUAGUGCCGCCGCUACUUCCAACGGUGUUGGUGGCAGGGUUGGUGGUGCUGGUGGUGCUGGUGAUGCUACCUCUGCUGGCGGCGCUGGUGGUGCUGGUGCUGGUGGUGGUGCUCCGCGUCCACCAGUGAAGCCCAAACCCAAAACGCGUGUCCUGGAGUCACACCCUGAGGCAGCGGAGGGUCUUGACCAGAUGGUCAAACGCCGAAUUGCACGCACUGCUAUGCAGGCUAAAGUUGAGCGGCCAAGCAUUCGCACAGUAUCACGUGGCGAUCGCUUAGGCAAAACGUUAUCCCAUGACCCGCGAAAGACUGGCGCAAACCUAUCGCGCAAUGCCACCGCAGCCAAAUCGCUUCGCGUCACGACUAGCAUACCGUCCAUCCACACUCACUCUAUCAGGAGCACACAGGAGGAUGAUGAAUCUGAUAGUUAUUAGCGCUUGUUCCGCCUUGCUCAUGGACUUGCCUUGUUCCACUGACUCCAUACAUCUUGGACCGGUCGAGAGUUUCGCCUGAAUAGGAGACCACAUCCCGUCUUCUUGUUUGAUCAUGGCUGCUUGGUAACUUAGUAUACUCCAAAGGUGCUGAUUCCUUGACAUUGGAUCAAGCAGUGACUUGGCCAUUUGCUCAUGCAGCAAAAAAAUGGUCCUUUUUGCUUGGGAAUCCCAUCGCUGGGGCUGCUUCUCAAUGUACAAAAUACUAUGGCCGACACCUUUUUUUCUUCUCAGUGACGUUCUAGGUCUUGAGAUGUGUAGCAUCUACUCGCUCCGGCCAGCUUGGCGCUCCUGUACAGGCGCUGCUUAUCCAUAGUUGGCCUCGCGAUGGUGGCAGCUAAUUCCAGUGUAUUUGCUUAGUAUGUUUCACCACUUGAGCUACUGCUGCUAGUAGCGGGUACUUCGACAGUAGGCAGUCACCGGUGCACCAUACCUGUGGCCGCUGUGCUUGUGUGUUGGCACACUUUUAGGGCAUGGCAUUCACAUGCUGGGUUGACUGCGUGUAGGAUAUUCUUGUUCCCUAUCUUAUCUUUUUGUACAUAGUUCGUUGAAGUAUUGCUUUUAGACAAGGGCCGUUGGCCUUUCUGGUGAAGGUACAGCCAACCAUUCACCGACACUAACCGAAGUUCUGUUUUCACUUCAUAUUUUAUUCUAUAUUUUUUACCUAUGUUCAUGUUGGAUUUGUUGUUGUUGACCUCCUAGCCCCAAAACGACAAGUGAGUUGCGGUGCACUUUUAUUAUUAUUUUAUUAUUGUAUCACCCAUUAUUACUACUUCAGGGUGACACUGUACAAAGGUGAUCUUUUAUUAUAACCAAACUGGAAGUUUGACACGCCAUCUGUGUCUUUCUUUCUCUAUUUUUACGCUCCAAAUUUGCAAUCCGAGGAGCAAUACAUCUGUCCUUAGAACCCUUGCCAACACUACAGUCAAAUGUUUAUUUUCCAAUUGGCCACAAUGUCUCUUUCUUUGCUCAUUUAUUUGCAGAAAAAGGACUAUAAUGGA